AGGGACUGGAGCCGCAGCAGCCCGAGCCGGAGGCGAGCGAAAGCGCGCAGUCCUGAGCGGUGGCGGCGCGCGGUCCCGGGCUCUCCAUGGGCGCUGGCGGUGCGCCUUAGGAGGCAGGCGGGCGCCCUCCUCGGUGCCGUCAUGGCCAAAUGGCUUAACAAGUACUUCAGCCUGGGCAAUAACAAGACCAAGAGCCCCCCGCAGCCGCCCCGGCCGGACUAUCGGGACAAGCGCAACGGGACGGCGGUGGCGGGAGGCGGCGGACACCACAACCACAAUCACCACCACCACGGCCACCACCACCACCACCACCACCACACGUCGCCCUGCUUCCCGCGCCACGACACCAGCGACCUGCUCCGCGCCUACCGCGCGCAGAAGGAGCGCGACUUCGAGGACCCGUACAGCGGGCCCGGCUCGUCGCUGCGCAAGCUGAGGGCGCUCUGCCGCGCCGAGUACUGCGCGCCCGAGGAGCUGCUGGUCGAGCCCGCCGGCCCCAAGCCGUUUUCCUCGUCGUCCUGCUGCGGCGGCACUAGCGGCGGAGGGGGCGGCAGCAGCAGCGCCGCCGCCACCUCGGUCUCCUCGGCUUCUCCGCAGCUCUUCCGCAGCCACAGCGAGCGGCGAGCCGCCACCCCACCCGACGGCGGUGCCGUCAAGUACAUUUCCCCCAAGCACCGGCUUAUUAAAAUAGAAAGCAACGAAGGCUGCAAGGGCGGCAGCGGCGUCCCCAUCACUUGGAGCCCCACGGGAAGCGCCGGACGCGGCCAGAAGAAGCUCAACAAGUGCGCGGAGCAAGCCGAGGGUGGCGGCGGCUCCUGUACCAAGAAAGAUAAAGUUCAGAUAGCAGAUGACUACUCUGACCCAUUUGAUGCCAAAAGCGAGGGUAACAAAACAGGCAAAGGAGAAAACACUGGCUACAUGGAACCAUAUGAAGCCCAGCGGAUAAUGACAGAAUUCCAGAGGCAGGACAGUGCAAAGCCCCAGCAGAAAGACAUUCAGCUGUAUGACACACCUUAUGAACCUGAAGGCAAUGGCGUGGAGUCCGAUUCAGAAAGUGUUGUGAGUCAGCGCUUGAGAGAGAGCAAAUUGCCUCAGGAUGAUGACAGGCCUGCAGAUGAAUAUGACCAACCGUGGGAGUGGAACAAGGUCACCAUUCCAGCCUUAGCAGCCCAGUUCAAUGGGGGAGAAAUGAGGCAAUCGUCACCGUCGCCUUCUUCAAGUGACCGUCGUCGGCAGCUCCGAGCGCCAGGGGGCGGUUUCAAACCAAUCAAGCAUGGUAGCCCUGAAUUCUGUGGAAUCCUAGGGGAGCGAGUGGACCCAACUAUCCCGCUGGAGAAGCAAAUAUGGUAUCAUGGAGCAAUCAGUCGGACAGAUGCAGAAAACCUCUUGCGGUUAUGUAAAGAAUGUAGCUAUCUAGUGAGGAAUAGUCAAACCAGCAAGCAUGACUAUUCACUUUCAUUAAAGAGCAACCAAGGUUUUAUGCACAUGAAGCUGACAAAAACCAAAGAAAAAUACAUUUUGGGCCAGAAUAGUCCUCCGUUUGACAGCGUGCCAGAAGUGAUCCACUACUACACAGCAAAAAAACUCCCAAUAAAAGGAGCUGAACAUUUGUCCCUCCUUUACCCUGUUGCUGUCCGGACCUUAUAAUUGCUCUGAGCCAUUCUCCUUCCUGUGGAUUGGAGUCAAGGGAUGCAGUGGUGGCGGCGGCGGCAGCAGAAAGGGGCCUGCACUGUCUACAGCAGAGCAUCUUGGAGCAAAGAUGCCCAGUUCUGCCUUUCCAGCAGCAGACCAAUGUAUAAUAGUAUGAAUGGAAUUGUUGCACUACUCUGCAUGUCCUGUGUGGAAAUGUUGGUUUCUAUUUAUACAAGAGAAAACUGCAUUCAGACAGAGCAGAAAAGCAUCACCUUCCAGGACUCCCCUCCUGCCUUCAUGAAUAGAAAAGUUGCCAAAUCCAAAGAAAGGCCUUCAAGCUUCUCUGCCUGUGACCGACGGCCUGUCCUCCCGCUACCUGUGCUUGAGGUAGGGAGCUGGGGGGACAUGACAUAAUCUUCAUGUACCCCAGCAGAAUCUGCCAAUGGACACAAACUCUUCAUGCAGGGGAGGCAAGGAGGCAACUGGCCCAUUGGCCUUGCUUUGGAAACCUGGACCUGGAAACUAGGUGUUAUGCACCCACCCCAAAUUUGCAUUGUUUUUCCCAUGCACAGAUUAAUUCAACAUAGAGAUUCCCCCCGGCCCCCUUUUGUCACAAGGAUGAUGUGAUUUGAAGAUCUCAAUAAGUAAUUUUGCAAAAGCAAAAAGUGUUGUUAUUUAUGAAUAGGGUAUGUACUUAAAUAGUGGUUUAAUAUAUGCACAUAUAUAUUUUUAUCCCUUCCCCCUUUUAUUUGGUACAAUAAUAAAGCUCUGAGGGUUUUCUGUGCUGA